CCAUCCCUGAAUUAACCUAGGCCGAAGGUGCCUUUACAGGCGUUUGCUGGGGGGCGCCAUGUCUCAGCCCGCCAAGACCUCGACAACAGCUGCGGUGAACCCAGGCCCCGACAGCAAGGGGAAAGGGGCUCCGCCCACAGGCCCCGCCCCCGGCCCCGCCCCGGCCCCGGCGUCAACGCCCAAGCCCACCGGCAAAAUCGGGGAACCGGCACCCGGGAGCUACCGGCUGGUGGUCUUCGAACAGGAGAACUUCCAGGGCCAUCGGGUGGAAUUCUCCGGUGAGUGCUUGAACCUGGGAGACCGCGGCUUCGACCGAGUGCGCAGCCUCAUCGUCACCUCUGGACCCUGGGUCGCCUUUGAGCAGUCCAACUUCCGGGGGGAGAUGUUCAUCCUGGAGAAGGGCGAGUACCCACGCUGGGACACCUGGUCCAGCAGCUACCGCAGCGACCGGCUCAUGUCUUUCCGACCCGUCAGGAUGGACUCCCAGGAGCACAAGAUCUGCCUGUUCGAAGGAGCCAACUUCAAGGGCAACACCAUGGAGAUCCAGGAGGAUGACGUGCCCAGUCUCUGGGUCUAUGGCUUCUGUGACCGGGUGGGCAGCGUGAGGGUCUCCAGUGGAACCUGGGUAGGCUAUCAGUAUCCUGGCUACCGCGGGUACCAGUACCUCCUGGAGCCUGGUGACUUCCGGCAUUGGAACGAGUGGGGGGCCUUCCAGCCCCAGAUGCAGGCCGUGCGCCGCCUGCGGGACAGGCAGUGGCAUCGUGAGGGCUGCUUCCCGGUCCUGGCUGCUGAGCCCCCCAAAUGAGUCCACACUCCAUUUCUUGUCCCUCCUCUCACCCCUUCCUCGGGUUCCAUUUCCCCAUCUUUCUCAUGCAAAUAAAAGUUUCUAAAGCCAAAAA